AUGGACGGAGUCGAACGCAGCGGCAAAGUCGACAAAGCAGAUGGCCGUUGGUUAUUGGUAGCUCUGUCAGAAUUCAAGGAUCCGUCUCAGUGUGAAUAUCUGAUCCACACAUUCACACCCAGCGUGGCAUCCGGCCUAGUUGGGUUGCGUCCUGUAGUUGCGCACAGACUGGAACCGCUUGAAGAGAACAAUAGCGAAAUGCUUCGUGGCAAUGCCGAUGAGGCUUAUACCGCGAUAUUUCUCACAUUUUGCCUUAUCUUCCUUCUUAUGGACAGGCACAAGGAUGCUUGA